ACUGGCCAGCAGCGGCCGGAGCACAGGCCCGUGGGAACCGGGGGGACCCUCCGGCAACGGCUGCUCCGACGGAAGAACAGAAGCGAAAUAGGGGUUUGCACCAAGUAUACACUCUUCUUUGAAAACUUCCUCAUGUUUAUCGUGGCCUAGCCCUCAUGGCCAUGGGGACCUACAUUCUCGUUCUUAAGGAGAAGACUGUCCACGACGCCAUCGACUUCUUCCUGGACCCUGCUUGUGACAUGUGCCUAGCGGGAUCCCUCGUCUUCGCGCUGGCCUUCUUCGGGUGCAUGGGGUCCCUCCGAGAGAACACUGCUUUUCUGAAAAUAUUCUACUACAGUCUGGCCAUCUUCCUUCUUCUCGAAGUGGGACUAACGGUGUGUUUUUUCCUCGCCUACUACCUGCCUGAUGUCCGCAAUGUCAUCUUCCCAGACAACCUUUUCCGCCAGGCCAUCGUCAGCUACCGUGACGACAACGAUAUGCGCGACCUCAUCGACAACAUCCAGAGCUCGCUCGGCUGCUGCGGUCAGACCGAUUCGGAAAAAGGCUACGAAGACUGGAACCAAAACCCUUACUUCAACUGCAGUCUUCAGAACGAGAGUCCCGAGAGAUGUUCUGUGCCUCCUUCCUGCUGCAGGAUUCUACCGGGAUCCAACAUCAAUUUGCUCUGCGGGGCCAAUAUUUACACCCUAGCGAAGGAUGGGCAGAUGACACUGGGAGACACCAGUAAGAUCUAUACUGACGGGUGUCUGAAGGCACUGAGAGUCUGGGUCGACUCCAACAUGCUCAUUCUAGGUGGUGUGAUGGCUGGGAUUCUAGUCCCACAGAUUUUCAUCAUCUGCCUCACAAGGAACCUCCUGGAUAUGAUCCGUGCUCAGAAAGACAAAUGGCGACGCUGAUACAUGCAGCAGCAGAAGCGAUUGUGACAGCGAUAGGCGACCCUCUUCUGCCUGCUGGACAUGUUUUCGUUCCAUUGUGUUUACGAUCGCGACUAGUGGAGGAGAAACUCCAGGUGACCCCUACCCCACUCUCUCCCCCACCCGCCCAUAUACAUAUCUGCUCUGACAGUCGCUGGCCCGACUGAUUUCUAAUUCUUCAGCGGUGGAUUUACAGGUAGGUCAGAUGCGUCUGACUGUUACUUACUGGUCAGCUGCUGAAAAAAUACAGACGUCAAACAUUGAUUGUGAAUGUGUUAUCGGUGAUUCAUACUUGCUCUUCCCAAAAUGAUUAAUAUUCAUGGACGUGAAUUGCUCAUACAGGAAAAAAAAAUGCCUUUGUGACAAGAACGAAUCGUCGACUAGUGCUACAACAAACCUGGUCUUCGGUCUGAAGCAGGACGGGAUUAAAUGUAGAAGUUUUGUGUGUCUACCAAAACAC